UGGACCAGCAUAGCCCAUUAACCGGGGUCAGGGGAUAAAACUGGAUAUGUUACCGUAUAACCACCACAAGAAAGUAUCAGUCUUUUCUUGAAGAAGAUGAAGCAAGCUAUACUUUCAUGGAGUCAUUCACCUCCAUUUCUUCCCAAACUAUCACCAACCUCCAUUUUUUCGAAACCCCAGAAAACCCUUUUAAGGGUUUAUGCAACGGUGGAGUCACCUAAAGAGAAUCUACUAACUGCUAAAGAGAGAAGGCAAUUGAGAAAUGAGAGAAGAGAGAGCAAAACAGGUUACAAUUGGAGAGAAGAAGUUGAGGAAAAGCUUAUUAAGAAACCCAAGAAGCAAUAUAAGUCUUGGACUGAAGAGCUUAAUCUUGAUAACCUUGCCAAAUUGGGUCCUCAAUGGUGGGUUGUCAGAGUCUCCAGAGUUAAUGGUCAUGAAACUGCUGAACGGAUGGCUCGUGCUCUUGCUAGGAACUUUCCUGAUAUUGAUUUCCAGGUAUACAUUCCAUCUGUACAGGUCAAAAGGAAAUUAAAGAAUGGAACACUUUCAGUUAAGCCGAAACCCCUUUUCCCAGGAUGUGUGUUUUUGAGAUGUGUAUUGAACAAAGAAAUACAUGAUUUCAUUCGAGAAUGUGCUGGAAUUGGAGGCUUUGUUGGAUCCAAGGUUGGAAAUACAAAACGGCAGAUCAAUAAACCCAGACCUGUAGAUGAGGAUGAUCUGGAGGCCAUAUUCAAACAAGCGAAGGAAGAACAAGAGAAAGCUGAUCAAGCUUUUGAAGAAAAGGAACAAGGAGAAGGAGGUUUAGAUUCAAAGAUGACAAAAGACUCUAGUAUAGCUCCCAUUGACGACAAAGUUGUGCCCAAAAAACGAGGAAGGCAGUCUAAAAAUACUGCAGACCUUCUUGCAGUUGAUGCGUUGAGAGGAUCAGAUGAUAAAUCAUUAAUACUAGGGUCAACUAUUGAAGUUGUGUCUGGAGCCUUUGCAGGAUUUUCAGGGAUUCUUAAGAAGGUUGAUAGCAAGGCAGGAUUGGCAACUGUUGGAUUUUCUCUGUUUGGCAAGGAGACUCUAGCUGAUAUAGAUGUCAAAGAAAUUGUAACAGAGGUUGGCUGACCUGUAUAGGCUGCGGAUACUUUUUUGUCUGAGAUGGGACAAGCAAAAUAUUAUGAUGAGUCAACAGUAGGCAGCGGGAUAUUAGAGCAAAGGUCUGCAAGGGAUUAAAGCUAAGGCAUGGAUCAAGCUGAUUUGCCUAGGGGAUUGCAGAGUUAACUUGGGUAUCAAACUGCUGAUUGAGAUGCUAAUCUUUCUAACAUAAAAUCUCGACGAGUGUGAUGUUGCUGAAGAAUGAAUAUUCCGGUGCAGAUCAAAUGUCUGUAUAAAGCUAUUUGAAGUUAUAUACAUGAAUGUGUCAAAUAACAGAAGGAAAAGUGAAUGAGAAAUCUUCUUCGCUGCUUCCAAAAAUGAGAGUUGUAUUAUUUUUCCUUGUGGAUGAACAAACUCUUGUUUUUUUCCCAAGAUCUCUGUUGAGUUCAGACAUUGUUUGUUGAGACUGAGUCUGAAGCCUAUCAAUCUGUUAUGAUAUCAGUUGCAAGUUCUGGGAGUUUAAUCCAUCAUCUGAAGUAUGGGACUACUUGGACCGUGUUUAUAUA